GCCACGUGGCGCAGGGCGGCUGAGGGAUCCCAGUCCGGAGAGCCGAGGAGGAGGAGGAAGGGGCGCCGGCCAUGGGACAGUGCGGGGUCACGUCUUCCAAGACCGUCCUCGUCUUCCUCAACCUCAUAUUCUGGGCUGCAGCUGGCAUCUUGUGCUAUGUGGGAGCCUAUGUCUUCAUCACAUACGAUGACUACGAUCACUUCUUUGAAGAUGUUUAUACACUCAUCCCUGCAGUGGUUAUCAUAGCAGUGGGGACACUUCUCUUUAUCAUUGGUUUGAUUGGCUGUUGUGCCACGAUCCGGGAAAGCCGCUGUGGACUCGCUACAUUUGUGAUCAUCCUUCUGUUGGUUUUUAUCACUGAAGUUGUGGUGGUUGUUCUGGGCUAUAUCUACAGAGCAAAGGUGGAGGCUGAAGUCAAUCACAGUAUUAAGAAGGUGUAUGACACAUAUAAUGGAACCAACCCGGAUGCUGCGAGCCGUGCCAUCGAUUAUGUGCAGAGGCAGCUGCGCUGCUGUGGGAUCCACAACUACAGUGACUGGGAGACCACAAACUGGUUCAAAGAAACAAAAAACAACAGUGUCCCUCUCAGCUGCUGUAAAGCCACCAGCAGCAAUUGCACAGGAAGUUUGGCUCACCCCACAGACCUUUAUGCCGAGGGAUGUGAAGCUUUGGUUGUAAAGAAACUACAAGAGAUCAUGAUGUAUGUUAUCUGGGCAGCUCUGGCAUUUGCUGCCAUUCAGCUGCUGGGUAUGCUAUGUGCCUGCAUUGUGCUCUGCAGGAGGAGUCGGGACCCUGCUUACGAGUUGCUCAUCACAGGAGGAACCUACGCAUAGAAGAAGCUGCAAACCUAAGCUUGAACUCCAUUUUCUCCACUUCGGAAGGUGGCUUGCCUAAGUCAGCUGUGGCAGUUCCUUUGCUGGCUUUUGACUGGGUGAAAGUCCAUUUUUCAUAAACUGGGACAGCAGGCACAUUCACUGGUGAUGGGCAAACUGUGACCCCCUACUACCUUAGCCAGCUUUCCACAUAUCUAGACAUCAUAGUAACCAUGUAAACACUAUUUUGAGACCCUUUACUAGGGGAAGAGAGCAGCUUGGCACAAAAGCUAAAGGUAAACUUUGUAAGUUACUGCUAGAAGUUGUACUGAUUUGAUUCUUGCAUGUGGAGUCCUUCUGACCUUCACUGAACAAUUGGCCAAAGUUUAUAUGAGGGAAGUCUGGUACCUUAAUUUUGCAACACCUACUUUUCCCCUUCUUUCCUACCCAACCCCCCCUUUUGCUGCUUGCCUGUCACCAGUGUUUGUUGAGCAUUACGUCAAGUCCAGAACACUACAACAUGACUACUAACCAAAAUUUUAGAAUCACCCGAGUGCAUCUCUUGACCUUAAAUUGAAAUGAACAAAUCUUCCAAACUUUUAGUGUGUUAAAGUAUAGGCUGGCUUUUAAGGAGUAUAAUGUAUGCACUACUGUUCUAUAAUGAAUAUUUCAUUUUUUUUCUAUGAAAAGGCUGUUGAUGUGUUGAGUGAAUUGUUAUCAUAGAGUAGCAAAAUAGUAUGUGAAAGUGAAAUGUAAAUAGGAAACCUGAUUAAAUAAAUUGUCUGUACAUCC